CAGAGACUUGGUCUCAAACUACCCUCGGUUGGUUGCAGAGAAAGAGCGUUCCGUUAAAUCGAAGAUGGCUCGUUGGCUUCUAAAAGUAAUAACGUUUUUUCAAUGCAUCUUGAUCUUGAUCCUGUUAUUCACAUCUACGACAGCAAAGAAAAUCUGUUUUGAAAAGUAUGGAUGCUUUGCAAAUACGAAAUAUUUCAAAACAAAACACGCUGAAUUGCCUUCCCAUCCCCAUAUUAUCCAGACAAAAUUUUACCUUCACACGACGUUUAACCGACAGUCCGCUGAACUUAAUAUGAACAACAUCAGCUCUAUAGCGUCAUCCCAAUUCAAUUCGUCGCACAAAACAUUCAUUAUUAUACACGGCUACGACCAUCAUCCUAGAAAACCAUGGGUGAUUAAAAUGAAGAAUGAACUACUGAUAAAUUUUCAGUGCAACGUUAUUACUGUGGACUGGAAGAAAGGAGCUUCUUAUCGUAAAUUGUCCUACUUAAAGGCAGUUGCAAAUGGCCGACUGGUAGGACACAAACGGCCCAUCUCAUUGGUCUUCUUCGUAACCUCAGGAUUAACAACCGAACAAGUUCAUAUUGUUGGUCACAGUCUUGGAGCACAUGUUGCAGGUUAUGUUGGCAAGCAAAUGAAAGAAAAAUUGCCAUUAGGUAGAAUUACAGGUCUUGAUCCAGCAAGACCAUAUUUUGAAGGCAGACAUCAUGAAACACGUCUUCAUAAAACGGAUGCAUCAUUUGUCGAUGUAAUACAUACAAAUGCAGCACCAUUUCUUUGUGGAGUUGGAUACCGCGGACAGUUGGGUCAUGCGGAUUUCUAUCCCAAUGGAGGUGAACACCAACCGGGCUGCGGUAGUUUUUGGGAAGUAACAAUAUGGCGAAAAGGAAUACUUUAUAUUGGAAUGUGUCAUCAUAUAAGAUCAGUCAUAUAUUUUACGGAGUCAAUACGCAAAAUGCCUUUUCCGGCAUUUCCUUGUUCAAGUUGGAAAGAUUUCAAGAAUAGAAAAUGUUCGGAGAAAUUUUCUUUGCAAAAUCUGUCACUAAUGGGCAUGCCCGCAGAAAAAUAUCAAAGACAUGAUCAGCCACUGUUUCUUGACAAUGGCCACUUCGCCAUAUUGUGCUUACAGUUAUUUAAUAACGGUUUCGUAUUCUCGAAGUAAAGUAAAUUUCAAUGCAGUAUAUAUUCAGUUAAUUGGGAGCAAUGGUGCAUCUAAAAAGAAAAAAAUAAAGAUACGAAGGGGGACUGAAACUGGGCUUGAAUUGACAACAGAAAACAAUGACAUUGGAAAGUUAAUUCGAGUGAAGAUUUUUUAUUACGGAUUUUCUACUCUCUUUAUUCACAAUGUCAAAGUCACACUUCUGCAUAACAAAGAGAUAUAUAUUUCAUGCUUUAACCAACAAAUGAAGAAUAGUUUCUGGUUGUUUUGGAGGCCUUUAAAAGUACAUUACGAGCGUGUUGCGCAUGUCGGCAAUGAAUGUCGUAAGACGUUAUCAUAACAGUGCUCUACACAACUGCGCAAAUGGAAUAUAUAUAUAACCUUAGUGCGGACAUAAACUCCUUAAAGAAGUUGGAAGUCUGGGUCUGUACCAUUUCUGUGCACAGGCCAAAACAUACUUGACUCAAGAUUAUAUAGUCUUGUUUGAUUGACCAUGAUUCCUCUAUGGUUUAAAAAAGGUGGUUUUAUUUUCCCUCCUAUUUUGGCUGGUUAUUUAUUUCGAAGAUCAAUUGUCUUUUGAAUUAUCAAUAGCGUCGCCAGCCCACGUGAUGUAGUUCCGCUAUGCUGAUUUCUAAAUAUUAUCAUUAUUAAUUUAUUUCUAAAACCUUUGGUUUUUCAGUGAUUGAAUAAAAAUUUGCAUAGUGAAGACUAUAUUAGCAGGCUGGAUACGCCAUUGUGAAUGACAUUUUGAAAAUGUCUGGAAAUUUUGUAAACAUAUAACUGCAAUUGUAAAUGAUAAUAUUAUAUUACUAUUUCAAAAACUCAAUUAUUCAAAAGCAUUUUACUAAAUCAACCAUAAAAA